GAGAUCCGUGGGCGCGUGUCAUUAACCAUCAUGCACAGGGGGAUUCUGGCUGGCUCUUGAACUUUGGAGCAGGUUACCGGUUGGGUAAGAGAUGUAACAUUCGCCAUGGCUGCGAUAAAGAAAAAGGUCUGUUUGAUUGUCAUUGAUGGCUGGGGCAUCUCUGAAAACAAAGAAGGUAAUGCCAUUGCCAAUGCCACAGUUCCAGUCAUGGAUGCCUUCUGUGCCGGAGAGAAGAAUGCUUACACCACUCUGGAUGCUUCUGGCUUGUCAGUUGGGUUACCCGCUGGACUUAUGGGUAAUAGUGAAGUAGGACAUCUGAACAUUGGAGCUGGAAGAGUUCUUUACCAGGAUAUUGUAAGAAUUAACAUGACCUCAGAAAAGAAGCAGUUUGCAAAAAACAAAGUUUUAGCAGAAGCAGCAGAAAAAGCAAAAGCUGGUAAUGGCAGGCUCCAUUACCUGGGUUUGGUCAGUGAUGGCGGGGUCCACUCACAUAUUAAUCAUUUAGAAUCAUUAAUUGAUGCAGCUAAAGAACUUGGUGUUCCAAAGUGUUUCAUUCAGUUUUUCUCUGAUGGACGAGAUACAACACCCACAAGUGGAGUAACAUAUGUGGACCAGGUCUUGAAGAAGCUUAAAGAGGUCAAUUAUGGCUCACUUGCAACUGUUGUUGGUCGAUAUUAUGCAAUGGACCGUGACAAACGGUGGGAAAGGAUAAAGAUUGCCUAUGAGGCAUUAGCUCAAGGAAAGGGUGAAGUUACUACACCAGACAAAGUUAUUGAGGUGAUCAAAGGUCGAUAUGAAGCUAAGGGAGACAAACAUGAGACAGACGAAUUUCUUAAACCUAUUAUUGUAGAUCCAGAAGGAAGAAUCAAAGAUGGAGAUGUUCUUUGCUUUAUCGACUUCCGAGCUGACAGAAUGAGACAAAUCAAUGAAGCUUUUGGAAUAAAACCACCCUUUGAGACAGACGUCAUUCCUAAAGAUCUUCAUCAGAUAACCAUGACACAGUACAAGAAGGAAUUUCCCUUCCCUGUUUUGUUUCCUCCUGUCACCCCAAAGAAUGUGCUCGCAGAAUGGCUAUCUGUUAAGAGUGUUCCUCAGUUUCACUGUGCUGAAACUGAGAAGUAUGCCCAUGUGACCUUCUUUUUCAAUGGUGGAGUGGAGAAGCAGUUUGAGGGUGAAACUAGAUUCAUGGUGCCAUCGCCUAAAGUAGCGACAUAUGACCUGAAGCCUGAGAUGAGUGCUGCAGGUGUCGGUGAAGAGGUCUGUAAAGCCGUAAGAAGUGGUCAAUACCCGUUUGUAAUGUGUAACUUUGCUCCGCCUGACAUGGUCGGUCACACUGGCAAAUAUGAGCCUGCAAUCAAGGGCUGUGAAGCAACAGAUAAAGCAAUUGGUGAAGUCUUCAAAGCUUGUGAAGAGACUGGAUAUGUUCUGAUGGUGACAGCAGAUCAUGGCAAUGCUGAACAGAUGUUCAGUGAGCAAGGUGGUCCUCAUACAGCACACACCACUAACAGAGUUCCCUUCAUCAUGACGGGUGGACUCAAGUUUAAGGAAAUUACUCACAAUGCAGCGCUUUGUGAUGUGGCAACUACUGUGUUAGAUGUCAUGGGACUGUCCUGUCCCGAGGAGAUGGGUGGACAGUCACUGCUGGCCAAAUAGGCAGUGAUCAUCU